CCCAAAAUUGUUUUUUCUGUAUGUUAAGCGGUGCUGGAAGUCAGUUUUGCCAAUCUUAACUUCUCUGUUUCAUGGUGGGUUCAUGGGUUCAAUGGUUUCUGUAGGGUCGCAAAUAUUGCAGGGGAACAAUAAGUUUGGGAGAAUCCAAUAGAAUUCGAUAGACGAAGCGAUGCUUAGGAAGAGAUCCAGAUCAGUGACCAGUAAGCAAGCUCUCAUGGCUGAUCAUGCCUCUCUCCCAUCACCGACGGACAGAUACAUGAGACAUGCUUCGUCUUUCUUCAGUUCUCCAAGGCACUUUACAGGUUUUACUGUAAAGGGUUUUUCAGAGACGGAUGCAGUGGUGAGCCCAACUUCAAUUCUUGAUAUUAAACCAUUCUCUGGUCCUGGAACUCCCACUUGGUCCGACAGAAGCAUUACCAAAUCCCUAGAAUCCAAUCUGGAGAACAAGCAUCCAUGGGAGAAACUAGAAUCAGGAGGAGUUGGGCUUGGUCUUGUUGAUGCUCUCAAUGAUGAUAAAACUAACAAAUUCUCCAAACCUGAUAGCCGAAUGGUUUUGUUUGGAUCACAGCUGAAGAUUCAAAUUCCUCAUCUCCCACCGUCUGUCCUUUCCCCAGCGGAAUCCCCCAAAUCUCCUGCAGAUUUCGGCAUCAAGACUCGGAAUUCUCAAUUGGGUUUUUUCUCUCCAUGUUCAGCGAAAAAAUCUCCAUUUGGGUCUGUGAAUUCAGGCCUUGAAACUCCUGCUACUCCCGGGGUUUUUACGGGUUGUCUCUCUGCAAGUGAGAUGGAGCUUUCAGAGGAUUAUACUUGUGUCAUCUCCCAUGGACCAAACCCUAAAACGACACACAUCUUUGAUAACUGCAUUGUGGAAAGUUGCUGUGGAGUUGUUGGGUUUUCUGCUUCAAGAAAGGAGAAUUAUUUCUCGGAUCGGUCACGUUUCCCCUCAGAAAAUUUCCUCAGCUUCUGCUACGCAUGCAAGAAGAAUCUAGGACAGGGGAAAGAUAUCUACAUGUACAGGGGAGAGAAAGCGUUUUGCAGCCGUGAAUGUCGCUACCAGGAGAUGUUGUUCGACGAGGGAAUUGAAAAGCCUGAAUUGGAUGAAGACCUUGGAAUCUGUCCUUGAUUAACUUAAUUCUUCA